GGAACAGUUGAGUGGGAAGGAGGGUAGCGGGCCACCCGCAAGGAGCUCCUGCCUUUCCUCUGCGGAGCAGCGCCUGUCAUGCGCCCGCCCUGCCCGCCGCCGGGGCGGGGUGAGGCGAGAGGCGGGCCGUCUGCCGCCCUGUUUGAAUUCAAACGUCUGCGGCGGGUACGGUUGCCGUUCCUCCCCUCUUCCUUCCUCGCGUGUGGCGAGGGGCUGCCGUCCCGCCGGGAGGCGAGCGAUGGCAUACCAGAAGGCCUCCGAAGCGUCCUUCGGCCUGAGCGAUGUAAGAGAGCGGAUGCGGGAGAAGAAAAACGGUGUCCUCAGGGCCGCCAAGUUGAACGCCUCAAUUGCGUCAAAAAUCAAAACGAAAAUCAUCAACAACUCCUCCAUUAUUAAAGUUUCCCUGAAGCACAACAAUAAAGCACUGGCGCUGGCCCUCAAUGCGGAGAAAGCUAAUGCACAGCGGCAUGCCAAGGAGAAGGUCAUCUUGCAGAUGGAGUUGGAACAGUGCCACUUCCAGAAUGCUUUGCUGCGAAACAAGCUGUGCUUCCUGAAUAAAAUCUUGAAAGAACUUGAAAACCUUGUGGAGUCAGUUAAGAUGGCUCGGCUUUCUGAGUACCGUACAAGUCCUCUGGCCCUGUCUAAUGGCCAGAAGAACAGCAUGACUGAAGAUAGCUGGGCUGAUGAUAUCGUGGAUGGUCAUCUUCUGAGCACUGCAGCAAUGCCACUGAGGGUGCCCAUUUCAAAGCCAAGUGAUUUGAGACAACAAAGUGUCAGCUCCACAGCAGUACAGAGGUCCUCAUUAGAUCUUCAGAGAUGUGCUCCUGAUAAGCCCCUGGAAACUUUGUCUGUUGUUUCUGAAGAUGCUUUGCCACCUCCGUUUGCUGGGAAGCCUCAGUUCCAACAGAAAGAAAAUGAGACGAAACAGAGUGAAAGAAUGGAAGCACAAGAGGCUUUGCUUGACUCUUGCCUCUUUGGAGAGUCCUUGUGUGCCACCCAACAAAAUCUCAACAAUUUGUCAGCACUUGACUGGGAAAGUCAUCCACUUCCAUAUGAAGAUGAGAUGGUGAAGCACUUCUGUGAUCGUCUCUCACAAGGGCAUGUUACGCAGAGGAGAAAACGUUCCACUUGGUUUGCAACAAGCACUGAGUCUUCAAGUGUGGAUACCAUCCUACAUGGCAGUUCAACUCGGGCAACCUGGUGUGGUAUCGCAAAGGAUAGCAGCAGCUUCAGCAAGGGCAACGCACAGCCACAGCUGAAAUCUCCCAGCUCUCUGGUUUCACCCCCUGAAGCCACUGUUAGUCCCAAUAGAAAAUUUCCAGUUAAAGAAGCUUUUUGUGAUCAGCCACAGGCUGAAGAAACUGGGUGUAGUGUUGAAGUAGAUCCCAGCUAUAGUGAAGUCAUGGAGUUUGUUCCUGUAAAGAUUAAAAGUAAAGUUAAUUGCAAAACUGGUGAGAAAAAGACUGUUAAAAAAGCAAGUGCAGGAAGAAAGAAAACAAAUGUGAUUAAAACCAAUGCAAAAAGUGGUCCAGAUAUACUCCAAAGCAAAGAGGAUACCCAAAAGCUUAUUUUGUCAGAAGCUGCAACAUGGCCUAGUGGGUCAGAGGCUUCUGAUAUGGGGCAGAAGGCUUGUGUUGGGGCUUUGGACAGGAAGAACAGAGGCUCUGGUGUGGAGCAAUGUUCUCAUUCUCCUAAUAAGGUCAGAAUCAGAAGAACGUACAUGGUGAACCCACCACAGCUGAGUAGUCUUGGAAGUGGUGACUUAGUGCAAGUCAAGAAAGAUGGAAUUGUUGAGUUCCAAAGCAUGGAGAGCAGCUUGUUAAAAAGCCCAGUUCAUACUGUCUCAAGUCAUAAAGUUCCCUCAGAUGACUGCAGUCUGCAAAAUUUAUUUUUGUUGAGGGAUGGGACUUUAAGUGCAUGUGCUUUACAGGAAGACUCAUCAAAUGUGAGCACAAAGAGCAUCAGACAGAAAACCAAUAGAAAAACUAGAGUAAUUAGUCAAAUAAAUGACUUUGAGGAGAAUUUGCCAAGCAGCACGGAAAAAAUACCAGAGGCCAAAGCUGAAGAGCAACGUAAAAAGAGCCAGAUAAGCAGGAGGAAGACUGUCAUGGAAAGCAGUUGUAGGGGUCAGAAAAAUGAAGAUAAUUUUGGGUCAUUUAUAGAUGUUCAAGGAAUAGCUAAAGAUGGCAUAAAGGAUUCACUAGAUAAAUGUAGAAAGAGGACUUAUUUUGUCUGUCCUUUGGAUGUUACAGGAAACUUGGAUUGUGUCCAGACAGAUUUUAAAAAGGAUGAAAUGGUACCAUCCAGGUGUAUUCCUGGGAGCAAAGCUAGCAAAAUUCCCAGAGUUCAGAGGAUGGUAGCUGCUCAGAACAAUGAAAAACAAACAGAGGACCCUCAAGAAAAGGAGCAAACUAAAGCUGUCAACACCAGUUCUUUGGAAAAAGACGGUGAUUGCAAACCAAAGCCUCGGAGGAAGAGAAAAACCUCUGCUCCUCCAAAGGCCGAUUCUGUAGCCAAACAGAGCGAUGGUGCCAGUGUCCUCCAUGAAAGUUCUACAGAACUCGUAUCAAAGCAAACUGUGCUGAUUGAGAAACACUCCUGCCCUACCUAUCUGCUGUCUGAGCUGGAUGCCUCCCUGGAAGAGCAGAUAGCUGACAUAUCACUUACAAGUAAACUUAUGGACCUUUCACAGAGCCUCGAGUCCUCUUCUGUGGUCUGUUCUACAGAUUUGCCUGUCAGCUCUGGGCUUACAGAUCUACCAGUUUCCAAAAAGUCAGAGACUGAAGGCAAUGGAACUCCAGAAAAAUCCUCCCUUUGGCCAGAAAGCUCUCUUCAAUUUAAAGAAAGAGGUGCAGAAGAAGUAUCUGGGGAAAGAAACCAGGUUGUGUCAAGUUCUAAUCAUUGUUCCCAAAGUUCACCUUCACAGGAUCCUGAGAUCAGGCCACUACAGGACUUGACCAAUGCCAGGACUCCGUCUCUCCUCCCCAGCUUGGAAGAAGUACCAGAACGUGCAUCCAGGCGGAGACGAGACCCAGCCUGCUACAGAGAGCCGAAUCUCAAGCGCAAACUGAGGCGGGGUGACCCAUUUACAAACACAGAGUUCCUCCACUCUCCUGUUCACAAAACCAAAAAGAAGAGGAGGUCCAAACCCAAAGAACUGACCAAGAAUAUCAAAGAAGAAUGGCUUCCCGUAGGAUGUCCCAGUGCCAAGGCAAGCGAGCUAACAUCAAUGGGAGUCAAGAAGCAAGAAGUGAUGUAGCAGUUAAGCAUGUAGCCUGUAAGUUCCUGCUUCUGUGUCUUUACUAGGAUGUAUCUAGUGUUCUGUAUAGCUUUUUUUAAAGUGUAAAUAAAGUCUCCUAUGUAGAUAAUACAAAAACCUUGUGACACCUA